GUCAUAGCGCUCGCGAGCUGCAGGACCAAACAAGCAACAUCCCAGAGCGCGAGCCUUGCAUCUCCGCCUCAUAACGCAGUGAUAGUAGAUAAGAUGGCCACCUCCUCCUCCAAUCUGGAAGAAGAUGAAAGUCUGAAAGGCUGUGAGGUUUUCGUGCAGAAACACAACAUACAGCAGAUCCUCAAAGAGUGCAUCGUCAACCUGUGCAUCGCCAAGCCCGAGCGGCCUAUGAAGUUCCUGCGGGAACACUUCGAGAAGCUGGAGAAGGAAGAAUGCAAGCAGAUCAUGGCCCGACAGAAGUCCAACUCGCAGUCGGACUCUCAUGAUGAUGAAGUGUCUCCUCCUCCUCCAAACCCUGUGGUGAAGGCCCGGCGCCGGAGAGGUGGUGUCAGCGCUGAGGUCUACACGGAGGAGGAUGCCGUCAGCUACGUCAGAAAGGUCAUUCCAAAGGACUACAAGACGAUGACGGCCCUGGCCAAAGCCAUCUCUAAGAACGUGCUGUUCGCCCACCUGGAUGACAACGAGAGAAGUGACAUAUUUGAUGCCAUGUUCCCGGUCACACACAUCGCUGGUGAAACAGUCAUUCAACAAGGUGAUGAAGGAGACAACUUCUAUGUGAUUGAUCAAGGAGAAGUGGAUGUAUAUGUGAAUGGUGAAUGGGUGACAAGUAUUGGAGAGGGUGGUAGUUUUGGAGAACUGGCUCUGAUAUACGGGACUCCUCGAGCCGCUACUGUGAAGGCCAAGACUGACCUGAAACUCUGGGGCAUCGACAGAGACAGCUACCGGCGCAUCCUCAUGGGAAGCACGCUGAGGAAGAGGAAGAUGUAUGAGGAGUUCCUCAGCAAGGUGUCUAUACUCGAAUCGCUGGACAAGUGGGAGAGGCUGACGGUGGCUGAUGCUCUGGAGCCUGUGCAGUUUGAAGACGGAGAGAAGAUCGUAGUGCAGGGAGAGCCAGGAGAUGAUUUCUUCAUCAUAACAGAGGGUACGGCGUCUGUUCUGCAGCGCAGGUCUGAUAACGAGGAAUAUGUCGAAGUGGGCCGCCUGGGUCCGUCAGACUACUUCGGUGAGAUAGCGCUGCUGCUGAACAGACCCCGUGCAGCAACAGUUGUGGCCAGAGGUCCACUCAAGUGUGUGAAGUUGGACCGUCCGCGUUUCGAGCGCGUCCUCGGGCCCUGCUCUGAGAUCCUCAAGAGGAACAUUCAGAGAUACAACAGCUUCAUUUCUCUCACAGUCUAACCCUGCCGUCUGAAACGUGUUGCCGUCAGGUUAUCCGAGUGCCUGGUUGCAUAAAAUAACGUGACGUUCUUCAUCAGUUCUGCUUAAAUCAUUAGCUUCAGUGUAGCUGAGUUGUUCAGAAUGGAUUCAGCAGUAGAUAACAAUAAAAACGACUUCUUUUAUGCAGCCAAGCAUUCAGUUUUUACUCUUUUUGUUGUUGCCAGAAGCACAAGUGCUCCACCUGCUUUUUUUCCCUUUGUGUGAUUUUUCUUAUGUGCACUUUGAAUUUGACCUAUGCCGCCACAAAGCUUUAUUUCUGCAGAUUAGGAGAGGAAAUGAGGUGCCCAUAUGGACUGAUAAGAAACGUCUUCAUGUGGCAUGUGUAAAAGUCCUACGAUAUGUGAUGCAUGCAGACCAGAGAUGCAUUUUGUACACUUGCCAUUCAGAUUCUGCAUCCAAGAGGAAGGUAACAGUACAGAUGGCACAAGUAUAUAAAUAUGUUUACAUAGAGGAAAGAGUGUUUAUGUUUUUGUUCUUCAGCUUCUGCCUUUUAGCUGUGUGUUUUUGCAAGCCGUGUUUAAUCCUGCGUGGGUCAGAAUUGGAGACCCUCUGUUUAUUGAAAUCUGUUUAUCGAAAGCGUUUUUUGCCGUUCUGUAUCUUCUUGGCUGUUUCAUCCACCCUUAACAUUCUGAGCUCUUACAGCUGGAAUUAAUGGGAAGGGGUUUGUUACAUUUUAAGACACGAGUUUUAAUAUAGAACUGCUAUAAAAGGGGUUUUCAUUGGGAGUCUUAGUGUGUUUUAAGAGCUGAAUCUGUAUGAUGUCGCCUUUCUUUUUUCUUUCUUCAAAAUGCAAUUGUAUUACACACAUCCACACACAUCCCCCAGGCCAUGUUUAGGUGAAGCUCAGCUCAUGAAAGCUGUCAAGAACAUGUCCAGGUCAUAUUUCACCCCAAAAGAGGAAGAAGAAAACAGAUACAAACAGCGUCAUGUACGUGUGUGUGUGUGCGUGUGUGUAUGUGUGUAUGUACAGUGCUCAGCAUAUAAAAGUAGACCCCUCACAAAUCUCUCUUUUAUAUUCAUAUUUUUAAUAGGAAACUAUACAAUAUUAUAUUUGUGCAUUUACAUUAGACUAGUCAGUACUGAAGCCAAAUCUGGAGCUUAUCUAACUAAAUAACUUACUAUAAUUAUCCAAAAACUAGUACACCCGAAUUUAUAUGUUAUAGAAAAAUAUUAAAUACAAAUUUAAUAAAGAAGAAAAAUGAAGAGAAGCAAAAAAAUGAAACAUUUUAUUGAAAUUUUGUAGGUUGUAAUUUAUUUUUUGCAAUAUUUUGCUUGUAUUUAAUCAGAAUUAGAAUCAGAAAGAGCUUUAUUGCCAGGUAUGUUCACACAUACGAGGAAUUUGUUUUCGUGACAGAGCUUCUACAGCACAACACAAUUACAGAGACAGGACAAAAAACAGAUAAUAAAUAUAUUUUAAAAAUUAAAGGCAGUAGUGAAUGCAAAUAUACAAAUUGACAAAGUGUAUGUAUAGGUAUAUUACUAUAUUAAUUGUAUUAUCCUUCAAUUUCUAAAUAUGUUUGGUGACUAAAAUAUUAUUUUAAUAAAUAUAUCUGUUUAAUAAAUCUGUUUUGUUUAAAAGCACCAAAAUACAUUGCCUAUAUUCACUGAGAAAUUGAGAAAAAUGGACCAUUGAGAUUUUGGAUUGUGUUUUAUUGUACCACCAUACUUUUAUUUUAGCUGAUUAGAAAAAACAGCUACAUUAUUUUACUGUAAAAUGGAAAAUAAUAAUGGAAUUAUGAAAAAUAAAUAUGAAUUAGGUUUUCUUCAUAGAUCAGUAUUAAUAAUAUGGGGUAAAAUGUACCCAGGUGUUGCAAAUGUUAUUCAAACACUAAGAAAUGCCCCAUAAAUGGUUCUAAAAUAGGUGUAAAUGUAUUUCUGAAAAAAAAAAAAUGUUAUAUUGAGCUGAAGUAUGAUUUCUGUGUGGAAUAUACCAGUUUAUUAUGAAGUACUAAUGCGUAUGUUCAAAAAUGAUUAGAAAUUAUACAUUGAAAAAAGUAGUAGCAACAAUAAUGGAAAAUUGAAGGAAUAGUUACAGAACAAAUGUAAAUUAGACUCUUUUGUAUUCUAAGAUUUAAAAUAUUGUGAAGAAAUAUACAUUUGUCAUGAACAUCAUGCAAAACAGAGCACAAUAUAGUCUUAAGAAACUAUAUACAGUGUAGUGCUCAACAUAAAUAAGUACACCCCAGUUUGAAAAUGAACAUUUUGAUCCAUUUCUCAGUGAAUAUAGUACAUGUAUUUUGGUGCAAUUAAACAGAUUUAUUAAAUAAAUAUAUUUAUUAAAAUGUUAUUUUUGUCACAGAACAUCUCUAGAAAUAUAAAGAUAAUACAUUUAAAUAAUAAAAAAUCUAAAUGUCAACAAAAUGUUAUAUGUUUUUUCUUUCUUAUGAUUUUUUGCUGUUUUUGAUAUUUAAUAUAAUUUCUUUUUAAUAGUAUUUAAUAUUUUCUCUUACAUAUAAAUUUGGGGUACUAAUUUUUGAACCAUUAUCAUAAUCAUAAUCAUAAAGCAUACUGUAGGAAAUAUUAAUUUAAUUUGAGAGAUUUGUAAGGGGUGUACUUGAAGUCAGUAUUAUUAGCCCCCCUUUGAAUUAUUUAUUGUUUUUUUUUUGUUUCCCAAAUGCUUAACAGAGCAGGAAAAUUUUCACAAUAUUUCCUAUAAUAUUUUUUCUUCUAGAGAAAGUCUCAUUUGUUUUAUUUCAGCUAGAAUAAAAGCAACUUUAAAUAUUUUUUAAAACAACUUUAAGGUCAAUAUCAUCAGCCCCCUUAAGCUAUAUAUUUUUUUGGUUGUCUACAGAACAAACCACUGUUUUACAACGACUUGCCUAAUUAACCUAACCUGUUUAUUUAACCUAUUUAACCUAGUUAAGCUUUUAAAUAUCACCUAAAGCUUAAUAACAAUAUCUUUAAAAAUAUGUAGUAAAAUAUUAUUUACUGUCAUCAUGGCAAAGAUAAAAGACAGUUAAAAAAGAUAUUAAAAGUUAUUAGAAAUGAGUUAUUAAAACUAUUAUGUUUAGAAAUGUGUUUAAAAAAUAUCUCUCAAUUAAACAGAAAUUGGGGAGAAAUAUACAGGGGCGCUAAAUAUUCUGACUUAUGUAUGCUGAGCACCGUAUAUAGUUUAAUUAUAAGAUAAUGAAAGCUCAAAUAAAAAUGCACCAAAAUGGGGUCAGUUUUGGGGUGAAAUAUGAACACUGUGUGUGUGUUUACUAUGAAGUACUCAUGGACAUGUUUAAAAAGGAUCAGAAAUGGCAAAACAAUAAACAUAAUUUUAAAAGAGCAAGAAUAAUAAGAAUUACAAUAAUUAAAUCAAUGGAAAUUUGAUACAGUAUUGAGAAGAGGGCCGAGAGAUGAACACAUUCACCAUAAAACAAUUCAAAAAAGCUCAUUGAAAAUCUCCUGAAUGAAAUAAUCUCAAAUAUAGGAUGAAAUGUAUUUAGGUAUAAAUGAUAUAUAAUUCAGAUAUUGAGCCGGAAUGUGAGGUCUGUGUGAGAUUCAGUCAUUUUUGAGCAGGUUUUGAGACGGUUGUUGUUUGUUUUAUUUAUGAAUGAUUUAAUCUGAGUGAAUUUGGAAGAAGAGAUUGUGCAUGCUUCUCAGUUUCUACCGAACACAAACACACACACACACACACACACCGAUUUUUGCACACAUUCUGUGACUCUAAUCUUCAGGCCAAUAAAGAGAAGCUUCUGAACACCA